AUGGAGCUGAGGCUGCCAGGGGCUGCCCUUCUCCUCUGCCUGGUGGAUGUUCUCCAAGCUUUUGCAAGCGAAGAGAUGGGAGAUGGCUUCAGGAGAGCAGCCUGUCCCGCCUUCCUCAUGUUCGACAACGCCGCUUACUUGGCCGACAUGACCUUCGAGCUCCCCUGCCACUGCAAGCCCCAGGAGGUCUCCUCUGUCACUUGGUACUUCCUGGAGAAGAUGGGCAGCCGCAGGACCACGGUGCUGACAGACUUUGCGGGCACCGUGCUGGUGGACUCCAGCCACGUGGGCGCGGGCAGCGCCGUGCUGCAGCGCUUCAGCAUCCGCAUGUUCAGCCUCGUCGUCUUCCGGGCGCAGGUGAGCGACUCGGGGCACUACCUGUGCGGCACGGAGGAGGGGCACUACUUCUACGGCUACGACGUGGACGUGCAGCCCACCAGCCGCAUCAGGGUGACCUUCGUGGACAGGGGCCAGCACGUCCGCCUCGACCACGCGGGGAAGCUCUUCAGGCUCUUCACCACCUUCUGGGCCUGGAGCCGCUGCGACCGCUGCGGGGUGAGGGGCGAGCAGCGGCGGAUUGGCCUCUGCUACCUGCAGAGCGCCCAGCUGCACCCGCGCUACCGCACCGCCGUGCCCAACGUCACCUCCUGCGGCUCCAGGGCCGUCCCCGCGCGCUUCCGGCGCCCCCUCCGCCUCCGCGGCCCCGAGGUGGCCAUCCGGAGCUGCCUGACCCCUUGCCCGAAGGAGCAGGCGCCCGAGGAGGGCACCCAGGCCAUCUCCAACGUCAUCGCCAGCCUGGGCGAGGGGCCCUGGCGGCCGCGCGUGCCCACCCAGUUCCACCGGCAGAGCGCGGGGAGCAGCCUGAUCCUCGCCUGCCCGGGGGCCCGGCCCGAGCACGCCGUGGCCUGGGACCGGGGCUCGGUGCGGCUCUACCGCUCGCGGUACCUGCGCGGCGUCAACGGCACCAUGAGGAUCUUCAUCGACCACGGGAACCACCUGCACCUGCGGCGGGUGCGGGUCGGCGACAGGGGCACCUACUACUGCUGGCGCCAGGGCCGGCUGGUGGCCGCCUUCCGGCUCAGCAUCGCCCACCCCACGCGGCGCCGGCGAGCCUUCGACGACCCCGAGACCAUCUACGCCGCCAAGGCCAUCGGCAUCGGCUACGGCCUCAUCACCAUCGUCUUCAUCCUCAUCCACCUGUGCCGCUGCCUCUGGAGGGUGCUCAGGGGCCCUGCCAGGAGGUAG